AUGGACAAAAGACCACCAGAAGAGGUUUAUCUGGAAGAGCUGUGUUGCUUAUAUCGUGCAGAAAGAUUCAGAGGAAACAAUAUUUUGGCCAUUUUCGAAAAAAUGGAUCAAAGGGCGAAAAUAUGUUUUAAAUGCCUAUUGUGUAUGUCAACCAUGAUCUAUACUGUGUGA